CCCCUCACCCAGGCGAUGUUUGAGGGGCUCCGUGCGUGCCCUGAUGCUCUCGGGGCUGCUCCCUCUCGCAGGGCUGCAGACGGUGCUCCCCUCCUACCUGCGGGAGAGGUUCGUGGCGGCCGCCCUCAGCUACAUCGCCUGCGGCUCCAGCGGGGAGCUGGUGUGCCGCCGGAGCGACUGCCGCUGCCAGUGCCAGCCCGCCUUCCCCCGCUGCAACUGCCCCGAGGCCGACAUCCAGGCGCUGGAGAGCAGCCUGGCCCAACUUGGGCGAGCCUGGGAGAGCCACCACAGCCAGUUCGAGGAGUCAGAGGAGUUUCAGGCCCUGGUGAAAAGACUCCCCACAGACCGUUUCCUGAACAGGACAGCCAUCUCCCACUUCUGGACCAUGGAUCUGGAUGUCCAGCAUCGCUACCAACAGCUGGGCACCAGCCUGAAGCUGCUGUCCAGGAAAACCUACCGGCUCAUCCGGCGGCUCUUCAACCUCAGCAAACGCUGCCACCGCCAACCUCGCUUCAAGCUGCCGAAGGAGAGGUCCCUCCCUUACUGGUGGAGCCGUGCACAGUCGCUCCUGUACUGCAGUGAGACCACCGUGCCUGGGACCUUCCUGGAAGAAAGCCACAGCUGUAGCUGUCCCUCCGAGCAGCCCUCCUGCCAGGGGUCCAUUCCGUGUGCCUUGGGCGAGGGGCCAGCCUGUGCCAGCUGUGACCAGGACAACAGCACCCGCUGCGGGACCUGCAACCACGGCUUCGUGCUCACCCAGGGCUUCUGCCGCCCUGAGGUGGCCGACUCACUGGAGCACUACCUGGGGCUGGAGACCGACCUGCAGGACCUGGAGCUCAAGUACCUCCUGCAGAAACGGGACAGCCGCAUUGAGGUGCACUCCAUCUUCAUCAGCAACGACAUGCGCCUGGGCAGCUGGUUCGACCCCUCCUGGAGGAAGCGCAUGCUCCUCACCCUGAAGAGCAACAAGUACAAGCCCGGGCUGGUUCACGUCAUGUUGGCCCUCUCUCUGCAGAUCUGCCUCACCAAGAACAGCACCCUGGAGCCCGUCAUGGCCAUCUAUGUCAACCCCUUUGGGGGAAGCCACUCGGAGAGCUGGUUCAUGCCUGUCAAUGAGGGCAGCUUCCCAGACUGGGAAAGGACUACCGUGGAUGCCUCUGCCCAGUGCCAAAACUGGACGAUCACCUUGGGCAACAAGUGGAAGACCUUCUUCGAAACAGUCCACGUCUACUUGCGGAGCCGCAUCAAGUCUCUGGAUGACAGCUCCAAUGAGACAAUCUACUAUGAACCCUUGGAGAUGUCAGAUCCCUCCAAGAACCUGGGGUACAUGAAAAUCAACAGCUUGCAAGUCUUUGGCUACAGCCUGCCCUUUGAGCCAGACGCUAUCCGUGACCUGAUCCUCCAGCUGGACUACCCCUACACCCAGGGCUCCCAGGACUCAGCCAUGCUCCAGCUGCUGGAGAUCAGGGACCGAGUGAACAGGCUCUCACCCCCUGGCAAAAUCCGCCUCGACCUCUUCACUUGCUUGCUCCGGCACCGGCUCAAGCUGGCCAACAACGAGGUGGCGAGGAUCCAGUCCUCCUUGAGAGCCUUCAAUGCCAAGCUGCCCAACGCUCUGGAGCAGGAGACGGGCAAGCUGUGCAGCUAACAGCCGGGAGCGCUCGGACCUCGGCGCCAGGGGGCUGGGAGGAAAGACUUCCUGAGGAGGAGAGAGAAACAACCACCCUGAAAAUUUAAAUCUAGGCCUUACCUUAGUGCCAACUGCGUGCUUCCAUGGUACACCCAGCAACUGGCCAAAGAGACACAGGGCUCAAGCGGAUGGAGGAUGCCAGUGGGACUAAGGAGGAGGGAUGGCUCAUGCAGUGCAGAGUGGCUCCCAGUGCGGGGACAAUGUCACUGUGGCCACCAUGGGGGUUGCUGGGGAGGUGUGGUGAUGGCUCAGGGGGUGUGGCUAGGCCAGAGGCAGCUGCUGGUCCCACCAGAGUAGGUGCUUAACCCACCGUAAGGAUCCCCCAGUGGUGUCCUCCUCGCCACUCUACUUUUGUAGUCUUUUUAAGAGGUUUCUACUGGCACCUUUGCAUCCCCCGUGAUCCAUCCUGCAGCCAUACACUCACAUACGGUGCUGCUGGGGGUCCACAGAGCCAGUCCUGGAGACCCAGCAGCUCUCCACUGGGGCCUCUCCACGAGCACCUCGUGUCUGCUGCAGUGCUGAGGCACCGUCUCACCCUUUGCCUGGGAAGGACCUGGCACCUGCGCCGGGGACGCUGCCAUCACAGACACCGGCGGAGACCUCUGGGCCACGAUUCCCUACAAAACAAAAUACCACAACAACAACAAAAAAAACAUAAUGCAAAAGGAAAAAAAAAAAAGAAAAUGUUUUAUUUAUGUAUUUAUUUAUUUGGUUUGUUUGGGACAGGUUUUUUUAAGCCUAUUCAUUUGGGGAGUGUCAUUUCUUGUCAGUGGCUCGAGCCAAGAGACAUCUUAGUAAAAUGUAUCUGUUUAAUAUA